AUGUCGGGACUGGUGGCGGUGGUGGUCGUCGGCAUGUUGAUGGUCUUGGUGGGACUGGUGGGAACUGUGGUGGUGGCGCAAGAACAAAACGUACCGGUGUAUGAUGAGAUUCGUGUGGAUGUCAAUGUGAGUGGCACCUUUCGCAUUCCGGCUGCUGGGGAAGAGUACUCGGAGCUGACCGAGUACUACUAUCGCAUCAAUGCUCCGUCGUCAGCUCCGCACAUUGCUCUCGCCUUUGAUUCCGUCUUGACAGAAUGUGGUUGGGACUUUCUCUACGUUCAUGAUGGCCAGGACAAGGAGGCACCUCUUGCUCUUGCCUUUGCGCAGACAAACAAUGUCUCGCUUCCGCCGGUCGUCUACUCGUCGUCCAACGCGCUCUUCCUCCACUUUCACUCAGAUCCCUACGUUGUGGGCAAGGGCAUCGAGGCUGCGGUCGCCUUUUCGCCGUGUCCGCGCGCAUGCUCGGGCAACGGGGCGUGUGUGGCAGGCGCCAAUGGGACGUACGCGUGCGAGUGCAGUGCGCCGUUCUCAGGCCCGCGGUGCGACACGCUGUCGGCGCCGGACCCGCGGCCGGCGUGCGCCACCGCCGACCUGUGCAAGUGCCCAGGCGACUUUACCACUAGCCAUGACGUGUUCCUGGAAGACGCCGGGGCUGCCGAGCUGCGGACGAUGCAGCGGGCGCUGGAGACGUGCUCCACUUUUGGCAUGGACGUGGUGAGUCUGCCGGCGUGCAAAGCGUGUUCGCGGGCGGUUCCGACGCCGGCGUCGUCGACGGUCUUUGUCGCUGAGGCCUGCACCUGCAACCUGGCGUGCGUCAACGGGACGUGCGACCUUGGCUCGCAGCGGUGCCUCUGCCAGCCCGGGUACUACGGCAUCCUCUGUGACACGGUGACGCCGAUCUCGACCUCGGGCUACACUGGAGCCUCGCCGCCGUCGACCUACAGCGGCUCGACGACGCUCUCCAACAUCUUUGUCCUCGUUGUCCUCACUCUCCUUGUCUUUAUCGUCGUCGUCGCCAUCAUGCUCUGCAAGCACCGCCGCCCGCAGGCGCCCAUCCAAAUCCACCAAAACGUGCCGCGGUUGCGGUGCUCGGUCCCGCUGUUCAUUGUCGACCUGCCCGCCGCCCGCGCCGCACACCGCAAUACGACCAAGACGUACUUUGUCGUCCACGGGCCGUGGCCGACUCCGUCACAACCGCCGCUCUUGGGUUUGGGCUCGGGCUUCUCCGCCGACAACGCCUCCGACACCACCGCUGCUCUUGCCGCUCUCCGAGUCGGCGUCGUCGUUGAGUAUGCUGCUGUUCAUUCGCUCCACCUCAGGUCGUCGGUUGUCGCCCGCAUCAAGCCCCGCCGCCCUCGCUCCGCAUCGACAUGCUCGUGCUCCUCUAUCGCGCUCGGCCCGAUCCUGCCUGGCACGCUUGCCGCCAGCAUCUCGCCGUCUGCAGCCACCCUCGGCCCGACCUCCCGCCGCGACACUUCCUCCUCCUCCUCCUCCUCCUCGUCAUUCUCCCGAGACUUAAGUCGAUGA